AUGCGCGAGUGCAUCUGCAUCCACAUCGGCCAGGGCGGCAUCCAGGGCGGCAACGCCUGCUGGGAGCUGUUCUGCCUCGAGCACGGCAUCCAGCCCGACGGCCAGAUGCCCUCGGACAAGACCAUCGGCGGCGGCGACGACGCCUUCAACACCUUCUUCUCGGAGACGGGCGCCGGCAAGCACGUGCCCCGCGCGGUCUACGUCGACCUCGAGCCCACGGUGUGCGACGAGGUCCGCACGGGCACGUACCGCCAGCUCUACCACCCCGAGCAGAUCAUCUCGGGCAAGGAGGACGCGGCGAACAACUACGCCCGCGGCCACUACACCAUCGGCAAGGAGAUCGUCGACCUCGUCCUCGACCGCAUCCGCAAGCUCGCGGACAACUGCACGGGCCUCCAGGGCUUCCUCGCGUUCCACGCGACGGGCGGCGGCACGGGCUCCGGCCUCGGCUCGCUCAUCCUCGAGCGCCUCUCCGUCGACUACGGCCGCAAGUCCAAGCUCUCCUUCUGCAUCUCCCCGGCGCCCCAGAUCUCCAACGCCGUCGUCGAGCCCUACAACUCCGUGCUCUCGACGCACGCGCUCCUCGAGCACACGGACGUGACCUUCUGCCUCGACAACGAGGCCCUCUACGACGUGUGCCGCCGCAACCUCGACAUCGAGCGCCCGACGUACACGAACCUCAACCGCCUCUUCGCCCAGGUCGCGUCGUCGCUCACGGCGUCGCUCCGCUUCGACGGCGCGCUCAACGUCGACAUCACGGAGUUCCAGACCAACCUCGUGCCCUACCCGCGCAUCCACUUCAUGCUCACGUCGUACGCCCCCGUCAUCUCGGCGGAGAAGGCGUACCACGAGCAGCUGUCCGUCGCUGAGAUCACCAAUUCCGUCUUCGAGCCCGCGGGCAUGAUGACCAAGUCGUCGUCGCGCUGGAGCAGCGACAGCACGGGCGCCGCGGCGAGGACGACGAAGCGCGCGAGGAGCUUCGGCGCGUUGGGCGCCGCGGCGAGCUGCGCGGCCAACGCGGCCGCGGCGCCGUAG